AUGGCAACAUCAAGAAGCGAGGUGGGAUAUUUGAUUUUGAGCCAUGAUGAGAUUAGCAUGAUCGAAGUUCCCGGAGAUUACAUGGGCUGCACAUCGAGCCUUCCCCUGCUCGUCGCCGUUAGCAUCUCCUCCCCACCUGCCGGAGAUCGUCGCAGCCCACAGCAACACCGGAGACCUUGGACCCCACAGCUAAGUGAAAUCAAAGAUUUUGUGUUGAGUUGA